AUUCAUACACAUCCUGAGGUGCCCAAGGAUCUUGUACUGCCUGUCAUCUUGCCCCAGAGCAUUCACCAGCAGAGAUGUCCUGCCAGCAGAACCAGCAGCAGUGUCAGCCCCCUCCCAAGUGUCCUCCCAAGUGCCAGACCCCAAAAUGCCCUCCAAAAUGCCCCCCUAAGUGUCCUCCCAAGUGCCCCCCUGUGUCUUCCUGCUGUAGCCUGGGUUCUGGGGGUUGCUGUGGCUCCAGCUCUGGGGGCUGUUGCAGCUCUGGAGGCUGCUGCAGCUCUGGUGGCUGCUGCAGCUCUGGGGGUGGAGGCUGCUGCCUGAGCCACCACAGACCUCGCAGAUCCCUCCGUCGCCAUCGCCAUAGCUCUGGAUGUUGUAGCAGUGGUGGCAGCAGUGGAUGCUGUGGCAGCAGUGGUGGCAGUGGUGGCUGCUGUGGAAGCAGUGGUGGCAGCAGUGGAUGCUGUGGCAGCAGUGGUGGCAGCAGUGGCUGCUGUGGCAGUAGCCAGCAGUCUGGGGGCUGCUGCUGACCUGAGCAACUAACACUUUAGACUUCCAUUCAGGAGGAAGCCAUGUUCAGUGGACCCUCCCUGGCCUGCUCUUCUCUCCUGCUGCUCUCUGUGUCCUGGGCUCAAAGAUGCUGUAGUCUUGUGAGAUGUCCCCUUUUGAAGGACCUGUAUUCUCAGGGACAAAGUAAUAAAGUGCUUCUCUCACAAUCUUC